CAGCCAGGAGCCAUAACCAAUGGUAUGCCACGCGGCCAACCGUUAAAGCGUUUGGCAAACCGCAUGGAUGAUUCCGAGCCCAUCCACGGAACAGGUGCAUUGACAUACAGGGGUGGAUAAGCCGAGUAUGCUCGUGAAUUGGGUUUCUUUUUGAUGUCGAUAUCAUGCUAAGCGAUAGGCACUUGUAUCCCUUGAUUGUCGUUCCUCUUGAGUACUUCUACCAGCGAAUUUCUUUGAAUCCUUUUCAACCUCGUCCUCGGCACCACAUUGCUGAGGCCUUAUCCCACGAUGAAAGAGUGUCACACCUCAGAGUUCACCCUUCUCCAAACAGCAUUGACGGAGCAAGAACUGGAACUGACGCCGGAUGGAAAACACGUCCGUUGGGCCAACACGAAUCCACGACAUCCACGAAAUUGGCAUCCGCUACGGAAGGCUUACGAUAUAGGCGUCAUCAUUCUUCUGGAGUUCUAUACUACCGCGGUCAGCACGUCAGGAGCAACGGCCGCAAAAGAUGCUCGUCACCAAUUUGGCAUCAGUCUCACUUUGUCGAUAUUCCUAUAUGUCUCUAGUUUUUCGCUAGUGCAGGGCGUCGGAAAUAUUCUAUUUCCACCUUAUUCCGAAACAUUUGGGCGGAAGGGGCUAUACGUGAUAAGCACGGCUAUAUUCAGCAUAUUCUGUGUCAUCAUUGCCGCCGUUCCAUCACCAGCAGCUUCCGUCGUUGGCCGUGCCGUAACCGGCUUCGUCUCCGCGAUUCCUAAUGUGGUUAUUACUGGCAGUAUUGAGGAUAUGUUCAAUUCACGGGAUCGCAUCUGGUUGAUAUUUGUGUAUUUCGCUAUCGCCGAUUUUGGGGUUGCUACGGGGCCCGUGAUGAGCAUGCACAUCACUACGCGUCUUGGAUGGAGAUGGGUUUUUUAUAUUUCCGCCAUAGUUACGGCGUUCCUAGGAGGCCUUCUAUUGCUGAUCAAAGAAUCGCGGCCGUCGCUCCUGCUGGCCCGGGAGGUCGAGCAUUUGCGGAAGGUGACUGGGGACGAGUCGCUCCAGCCACUGAAUCCCGACCACACGCCCGACUUUCGCACCUUUGUGCGUACGGCUCUUCUUAGGCCAAUUCGCCUAUUUUGCACCGAACCGAUUGUGUUCAUUUGCGCGAUGAUGCAGGGAACCUGUGUCGCCCUGAUCUAUCUGUUUACUGAAGCUCUACCUCCCAUUUACCAGUCAAUGGGCUUCGCGCCAGCCCCGUCCAGUCUUCCAUUUUUUGCCAUUGCUCUUGGGUUCUUGGGCAAUAUCAUUACUCGCCUUUGGGAUAUUCGGAUUGCCAAUCGCCUUCGGGAGAAGGGUCAUCCCUCAUUGCCAGAGAACAAACUGAUGGGUCUCUUUGUGGCCGCGCCGGCGUUGGCCACAGGCCUCUGGUGGUUUGCUUGGGUUAUUCCUCCAGCUAUUCAGAAUAUACACUGGUUUGUGAGCUGCUUACCGCUAUUCUUGGUUGGCUUCGCUCUCAAUGAAUUUAGCAUUGUGUUGGCAGGAUAUAUGGCCGACAGCUACCUGGGUUACGCGGCCAGCGGGUUUGCGGCGCUUGCCCUCGCACGCUCAGUCCUGUCAGCUAUGUUUCCUCUCUUUGCGGAUAAAAUGUUCAGUGCGCUUGGCUCCAAUGUUGCAGUGUCCGUUUUGGCAUCUGUGGCAACCGUGUUUUGUGCCACGCCAUUCCUUUUUACUUAUUACGGACGGCGACUACGGGAGAGGAGCCAAUUCGCCAAAUACAGUUUGCAGGUUUAUACAGAAAACACGGUGGACCAGGAAGGAUAUUAGAUGGGUCUAGUGGGGAAUAAUAUGUCCGUUAUCAUGGUUUUCUUGGGUGAUUCAUACUGCUUGUUCGUGGCGAUGAUACCAUAUACAUUCGAAUUUGCCAGGGAUUGCUUUCUAUCAAAUUGAGGUUUUGCAUGCAUGUUUAUUUGUCUUUGCAAUGAAAUUAGAAAUAAAAUGUUCGAUUCCAGA